ACAACUCGUCACAAUCACAACUGUCAAAAUCCACACGUUUUCUUAGCGUUGUGUGUUAUCCGGUGUUACAUUUUUAUAGAGUUUAACUUUUAUUUCAACUGUUAUCAUGUAAAGCUUUCUGUGGGACUCUUGUCCGAUGCUCAUUUAUAAGUUCCUGUCUGGUUUUAUAUUAAACAACGCAAGGAUCAUGUAGCUGCUCAGAAAGGUUGUGAAGAUGUUUCCAAUAGCGCCGCCGACAUCCAUUUAACACAUACAGAUACCGAUGGACCACACAUAGAGAGCAGACAUCGGCAUGGCGCCCGAGACCGAGCCCGGCCCGCAGGCCCUCAAACUGACCACGAUCGAUUUAGUCGGCGGCAUCCUCUGUAGCAUUUGCCGCUUAACAUUUAAAAAUAAAAAAGAUUACGACUCGCACUAUUUCCAGCAUAAUCUUGGUAUAGAUGAAAUCGUCUAUACAUGUGUGGUUUGUCUCAAAGAUAUUGCGGGCUACCCGAGCUUCCGCGGACACUGCUAUACCUCACAUGUCAUCAAGGAAAGAUUUAAAUGCGAGCAUUGCAACAAGCUGUUUUCUAAAUCAGCAUCCUUAAAGGACCACAUUGCAUCUCUACACAAAUUUGAAUGCUCAUGCUGCAAGAGAGAAUUCCCAACUAAAAAAGAACUGCAGCUGCAUAAAAUCAUCCACAUGAAUGACAAACCUCCAUUCAACUGCCAGACUUGCAACGAGAAAGUUGACUGCAUUGAUGCGUGCGAGCAGCACAUCGACAAGCACUCCGUCUCCCUCUACUCUUGCCCCAUCUGCAGCGAGAAGAUUGACAGCAAAGCGGCAGGCGUUGAUCACCUUGCUAUACAUUUUGGCAACGUACUUAAUUCAAAUGACAGCGAUUCAGAUUCCGAACAUGACAAUGACAAACCAGAAGACAGUUCAAUUGAUUUGCUCGGUGGCAUUCUCUGUUUCUUCUGCAGUGAAAUCCACAAGAACCGAUCGGAGAUAGAUCUGCACUUCAGUCAGGAGCACCCGGAGAUGAGCGUGCUGUACACCUGUAACAUCUGCGGCAAGGACUUUGAGAAGUACACACAGUUCGGACAGCAUUGCUAUGAGCACAUCAGCAAGAAUAGAUUCAAAUGCGAGUCCUGCGAGAAGUCAUUCAGCCGGCUCGCGCGCCUGGUGACGCACACGGAGGCGUUCCACGCGCGCGGCGACGGCAGCAGCAAGCCGCUCAGCUGCCAGCACUGCCCGCAGCAGUUCGCCAGCGAGUUCCGCUUCCGGGAGCACCAGAGGCUCGAGCACGACAUCUGCGUCAUCAUGUGCAGCCAGCCCGGCUGCGGGGAAAUCUUCUUUACGCCGAAGGAGCUGGUGCUGCACCGGAAGCAGCACAGCGUGUGCAGCGCGCUGUGGUGCCGGCUGUGCGGGCUGCAGCUGGCGGCGCGCGGCGCGGCGGAGCGCCACCUCGACGUGCACCGCAAGAAGACCUUCUCCUGCCCCGUGUGCGCGCGCAAGUACGGCGAGAAGUACCUCCUCAUGAAGCACGUCCCGCAGCACUUCGAGACCGUCAUACACAUGUGCAAGGUCUGCGGCAAACUCUACAACGCCAAGAACCGACUCAUCGAGCACUCCAAAACGCACGCCAACGUCAAAAACUACAAAUGCUCGUUCUGCACCAAAGGCUUCACCUCCAUAUACAAGCUCAAACAGCAUCAGAACAUGCACACAAACGUCCGGCCUUACCGCUGCACCGUCUGCACUAAAGACUUCAACAACCACUCCAACUGGUACAAGCAUGUGCGGAAGAUACACAAAAUCGACCCGAAGACUCUCAAGAAACCCGUAUUCCAAAUAGAGAAGGAGAAUGUAUUCGCUAAACAGAAUAGUGUUCAGAAUGAUUUCGAUAUGGAAACGUUGAGUGUGGAUAUAGACAUGCGGGAGUUGAUGGGUGGGAGUGAGGUGAAGGAGAGCUACCUGUUCCUGGAGCCGGCGCACGAGGCGGUGGACCUGGACAGCAUCCUCCCGACCCUCGCGCCGGGGACCGCGGCCGAGUUCGCGGUGCUGCCACCCGCCGCUACCUUCGUCGCAGACGCAUCGCCCCCUGCCCCUGCGCCUGCGCCGGCCAUGCCCCGCGAGUACGGGCCCGACUUCACCGUGACCGAGUGCGCCGACCUGCUCCACCUCGACGACCACAUGCUGCCCCACAUCGACCCCCUGCUGCCCCACAUCGACCCCCCGCUCCCCGUCGACCCCUACGCCUACGAGCCCCAAGAUAAGUGGGAACCCUUCAUCGUCACCAAGUACCAGGGGCGUGCGAGUGUCGCGGUGCCGAUAGAUAUCAGCGGGAGCCGACGGGCCGUCAUGAACACGGACAUAUUUUAAAACGGUAAAACGUAUAGAAGCGUAGUAAAACGGGGUGACUUUAAAAUGCAGGGGCGACUUUAACAUUUCAGUUUUUAUGCCACAAUAUAUAUUUAACAUGGAACUAGUCCUGGACGCGUUUCUCAAUAACUGGACGGAUGAUGCGGUUAAUCGGGAGGAUUGGAAGUCUAGGGGGGGAGGCCUUUGCCCAGCGGUGGGACACUUUAUAGGCUCGUUAAAAAAAAAGAACCCAAACCUAAAGAACCCCUCAGUAACCCAUAAGAAUAUAUAUAUUUAUGCGAGAUUUUCUACAGUAGAUCAACAUUAUUUACAUAGUAAUAUAACUACGAGUAGUUACACGAACGGUUUCAGUAAAUUAUGAAUAAUGAUAAGUUUGUGGCCGUUUUAAAACUAUCAAAAUGACCCCAAAAUUUCCUAGUCACCCCGUUUUACCGUAUAUAAAAAUGAUUGCUGACUUUUUAACACACAUUUAUAUGGAAAGAUGGCGCUGCAGUCGUUUUUAAAAACAUGUAAGUAGAAAUACCAAAUUCAAGGAAACAAACCAUAGUUGACAUUUAUUUUUUUUUGGUUCCUGACUUUUGGAACCAUUUAUAAAUCUGUGUGUUUUUAAUCGUAUUUUUUAAAAUGACAUGCUCAAUCGCUUCGCUUCUAUACGGUUUUAAAGCUUUUCAUAGCUAGAUAUAUCCGAUAAUAGAAUUAUUACAUGAUAGUAAAUGGUCGAAUGGCACUCGCUAUGGCAGCGGCCCAUUUGGCCAAUCAGCUACCUCAACCGGAAACGACUAUGUACCUCAGUAACCCAUAAAAAUAUUUUAAUGUAACUGUUGAUAUAUACGUUUAUAAAACAUUGUCCCACCAAACGCUAGAUUAUAGUUUUAUCCUGUAGCUGCCCACGAAUCAAAAUUAGAGACAAAUGCCAUUUUGAUUUGUCAUUAAAGAUGCUAUGGAACGGGAGACCGCUUUAUGGGUCUCUGGGCGGCUGGAAGAUAAAAACAUAUUCAUAAUAAUGCUACCUCAUUUAAGUUAAGUUUUUCUUUUGUAUGUCUAUAUAUAAAUUGGAAAAAAAAAGAAAAAAACGAACAUAUAAAAACAGUAUGUAUUGUGUAGUAUUGUGCCAUGCAUACCAAGCGUAAUAAGCGCGUGAAUCGCUAUUCUAUUUUAAGCGUAAACAUUUUGUGGCAGUCUAUAUUU